GUGAACUCUCUAUCACUAGGACCUCGCCGCAUUUGGUAGUGCCGCUUCAGACGUACACGACUUGUUGGGACAUUGUUGUAAUAUAGUGAACCUAAUACUCGGAUUUUUUUUGGUUUUCAUAUAUUAAUCAUGUGUGAAUGGCUCUCGUGUGAAGAAUGGUGCGAUGUAUUUUUAAUGUGCGGUGGUCGGGUAUUCAGUGCUCACCGAGCAGUUCUGGCAAGUGUCAGCAAGUUUCUCAGGAAAAUCCUUCUUUCAUGUUCAGUAGAAGAUUCACCGACGUUUAUUGUUAUGCCCGAAUUCGAUUUUGAUACCAUGUCUUCCGUUCUUCAUUACAUCUAUAACGGUGAAGUAGCCAUCAGCAGACACCAAUUACAUACAUUUUUGGAUAUCAUGAACGCUUUACAAGUUUUCGUUGAUACUAGAGAUUUAAUGAAGCAUUUAAAAAAUAAUAAUUAUGUUUUUGUUGAGGAUGAUUAUACUUUCAAAAAAGAAAAUAUAACCAGCAAAGAUGAUGUCACCUUAAGGAAAGAAAUUCAGAAAAAAUCUAAUGUAAGGCGUCGGUUUGAUAAAGUAAAUUUAGACCGAAGUAAUAUAGAUUCAAAUUUUUAUAAGACCAAAGAAAUCCGGCUCGGAUAUCUGAAAUCUCUCGAAGACCGACAAAGCCAGCCAUUUUCUCGUGAUUUAUUUAUUGAGACAUAUAGUCUGAACCGUAAUGGUAACGGUGUUACAGAGGGCGUGCUCGCAAUAUCAAGUGAACGCUAUCGUGAAAAAGGAUCGCUUCUCGAGAAGAAUUCUAAUACAGAGCAUCACAAGGAAGUGGCGACAGAAACAACUUUUGACAUAGGUUCUAGGGAUAAUUUUAACUUUUUAUGUAACACAAAACGUUUUGAAAUUACAAGUAAGGAAAAUAUUGAAAGUUUUGUUGGUAUGUACUUAGGGCACAAAACUAAUGUGGAAGUUGAGAAGAUUCCUGAAAAUAAUUACCUCAGUGACAUUCAAGGCGAAGAGAUACCAAGAAAAACUGUCGAUCAAGAACAUACUUCUAUAAAUUGUAAUAUUAUUUCUAGGCAUAGUUUAAAUUUAGAUACAAAAAAUAUUCAAAAUGCGGUAUCUAGGGAGUCGGAAGUAAAUAGUGAAUUUAAUAAAAGCAAAGAAGCUGUUAGUAAAGUGACCAUACUUAAUGAGGUAUUACAGAGCCCUUGGAGACCUCGGCUGUCGCUUACUUUUACUCCUUAUGCUAAGAAAUGUUUGGACUGGAAGCUAGAUAAAGACAAAACCAUACAGUCAAAACAAAACGGCGUUUCGAUUAAUGAUAAAAACAACAAUAAUAAUGAAUCUACCAAGAUCGAGAACAAUAAUAAUGAGGCCACGAGCAAUAUAAAAGAAAUGAAACCGAGUGUUUCAAAAGACGUAACAGCCGACAACAAAGACGAACAUUUGACUGGAUCUAAAUCAACUCGCUACACCUGUACUGAAUGUCAUAAAACAUUUUCACAAUUACGUAAUUAUAAAUAUCAUAUGUCAGUGCAUCGUGGUACCAAGGAGUUCGCCACAACGUGUCCAGUUUGCGGGAAAUUUUUCAAUGAUAAAGGAUAUCUCAGUAGCCAUAUGAAAAUACAUAAAAACCGUAAGGAAUAUAAGUGCAACAUGUGUCCAAAAUCGUUUAAUCAACGAGUUGCUUACAACAUGCACGUUCGUAUACAUACAGGCGUCAAACCUCACGUAUGCGAUGAAUGUGGUAAAGCGUUCUCACGCAAGAUGUUACUGAAGCAGCAUCAACGGACCCAUAGCGGGGAGCGACCGUACGCUUGUCAGCAUUGUAACAAGAGAUUUGCUGAUAGAUCUAAUAUGACCCUGCACUUAAGAUUACAUACAGGAGUAAAGCCGUUCGCUUGUACACUAUGCCCGAAAUCAUUUACCAAGAAGCAUCACCUAAAGUCUCACCUCAACUUCCACACUGGCGACAAACCAUACACUUGCCCACGCUGCAAACUGGCUUUCACACAGUCAUCCAACAUGAGAACGCAUAUGAAGAAAUGUGACGUUCAUAAAGAUUAAAUCUUUUAUAAUACUACUUGAUUUUAACAAAAGAGGUCUCAUCAUCAAUCUCUUUGGUGUCUUUUUUUUUUUAUUUAUUUAUUAUCUAUUUUAUAAUAUUUUUCUUUCUAUUAUUUAGUUUCAUUGUAAUAACUUAUGAGGUUUAUAUUGUAUGAAUGUAUAAUAAAGUAAAGGUUUGAGAAUAAAACCACAAUUAUAUUUAACUCCUGUUUUAAUCGGUUUGGUGUAAAUGAUAUUAUCAGGUGUACAAAAUUACAGGCCAUUACAGUGAGUAUUUAUUUUCUGGCGUAUUAAAUAAUUAUAAUAAUUUUUUCGUCGUCACAAAGCGUACAAUCCUUUGUGUUUAGCAGAGAUUAUCAAAUACAGUGAUAUAUUGCUUACUUGGCCAUAUGCUAGGUAUUGUACUUAUAAUUUAAGAACAAACUAUUCUUAGGUUUUAGGUACAACUUUAUACAAGAUUGUUACAAAGUUUACGUUCGUAUAAUGACUGAUUAUUAUUAUAAUUAUAAUAUUAAACUGAUAUUGAAACAGAGCUGUAUAUUUACAAAGUUAUAAUGAAGUUGGUGGAACGCCAUGAUGCAUCGAAAAUCUAACUUUAUCCCUCCUUUCACAGAAGAAUAGUUAUACAAGUAUGGUAUGUAUAUAUUUUUGAGCGUUUCGUUCUACGUUAUUUAGUUCUGAUAUGGAGUUGUGCGCUAAUAUUCUUAUAUAAAUAUCCUUC